AUGGCAGAGCGUAGGCAGACACGCCACCCGCUUGGACCAGUGUGCCCAGGUGCAGUCCUCCCCGACGAGUGCGGCGUGCUAGCACCAAUCCGUGAGGCCACCAGGCUUCAGGUUACACAUGAACGCCUGCAUCAUGCUCUCAGUGUGCCAUGCCCCGGCUGCCCAAAGCACCUUCCCAUCAUUGGCUCCAGUCCUCGCGUUGGAUCGCGCUCUCACGCAGCGGAGACCUAUCAGCCCACCAUGUGUGGAUGGCUGGCCAUUGCCCUGGAUGAGUGCUUGCAAGAAAUUGCUGGUUGUUCGGAGCUGGCUUACGCCAAUGAGGAUAGCAUGCCUGACACACAGGAAGAAGCUGAGGAAAUGACAAGUGCCGAACCGUCGUCGGCAUCCUCCGUGCCACGACCUCCUGCUCCAGUACCUGCGCAUAAGAACACUGGUCUUGAAUCAGUUGCUCGAACGGCCUGCGGAAGCACGACGCCUUGUUUCUCGGUCUGCGACCAGCUGUCGCGUCCGCACCAGCCGCCAAAGACUGGCAUUUGCACCGCCACCUUCGGCUGCUCGCACACACUUUGUGGAUUACCCUACCAGAAGGGCGAGGCACACCAACCGGGACCAUAUAACGGAACCCGGGCUCGCAAGGAGGCUCUCAAGGACGAUGAUGCAACGCUGCAAGAUUUGUCAGAGGCCCUCGAGUCAAGGAUUGGCCUCCCAGCAGGAACAAAGCUGGUGCUGAUGUCUGGUGAGAGCGCCUUGGAUGAGUGCAGGCUCUGCGUGAGACACCUUCUGAAAGCGCCGCUUACUUAUGUUAUCCAGCGGGUUGGUGCCGGCCAAGCAGCAUUGAGUUUGACACGAAUGUUACAACCCACGGAGUCUUUUCUGAGUGAGUCUCCGUUGACGCUAGAAGAAGUACAUGACCUCAAGGCAAUUUCUGCGCUGACUUUCGGGCACAGGUUCAACCAGAGUCUGGAAAGUGUCAGGUUGCUCGCUAACCUGCAGACUUUGACAUUUGGCUACGAUUUCAACCAGAGUCUGCAAGGUGUCACUUUGCCAGUGACACUGCAGACAUUGACAUUUGGCGGUCAGUUCAACCAGAGUCUUAAAAGUGUCACGUUGCCAGCUAACUUGCAGACCUUGACAAUUGGCGAGGCGUUCAACCAGAGCUUCGAAAGUGUCAGGUUGCCAACUAACCUCCAGAACUUGACAUUGGGCAGGGCGUUCAAUCAAAGUCUGGAAGGUGUCAGGUUGCCAGCUAACCUGCAAAGCUUGAAAUUUGGCGUCGAGUUCAACCAGAGUUUGGAAGGUGUGAGAUUGGCAGCUAACCUGCAGACACUGACCUUUGGUACUUUUUUCGACCAGAGUCUGCAAGGUGUCUCGUUGCCAGGGAACCUGCAGAGCUUGACAUUUGGCGACUUGUUCGACCAGAGCCUGGAAGCUGUCACGUGGCCAGGUAACCUGCAAAACUUGACAUUUGGUUACAAUUUCAACCAGAGUCUGGAAGGUGUCACGUUGCCAGCUAGCCUGCAGAACCUGACAUUUGGCCAUCAUUUCAACCAGAGUCUGACUUUGACAUUUGGCGACGAAUUCAACCAGAGUCUGGAAGGUGUGAGGUUGCCAGUUAACUUGCAGAUCUUGACAUUUGGCGAUCAGUUCUAUCUGGAAAGUGUCACGUUGCCAGCUAACCUGCAGACAUUGACAUUGGGCGAUCAGUUCAACCAGAGUCUGAAAGGUGUCAUUUUGCCAGUGACACUGCAGAGCUUGACAUUUGGCGAUCAGUUCAACCAGAGUCUGGAAGGUGUCACGUUGCCAGCUCACCUGCACAACCUGACAUUUGGCUACGAGUUCAACCAGAGUCUGAAAGGAGCCAGGUUGCCAACUAACCUGCAGAACCUGAUAUUUGGCGUCCAGUUCAACCAGAGUCUGGAAGGUGUCACUUUGCCAGGGACACUGCAGACAUUGACAUUUGGCCGCGAGUUCAACCAGAAUCUAGGAAGUGCCACGUUGCCAGCUAACCUGCAGACCUUGACAUUUGGUGAGGCGUUCAACCAGAGUCUGGAAAGUGUCAGGUUGCCUGCUAACCUGCAGAACUUGACUUUUGGCUACAAAUUCAACCAGAGUCUGGAAGGUAUCACUUUGCCAGUGACACUGCAGAGCUUGACAUUUGGCCACCAGUUCAACCAGAGUCUGGAAGGNNUCACUUUGCCAGCUAACCUGCAGACGUUGACAUUUGGCGACGAAUUCAACCAGAGUCUGGAAGGUGUCAGGUUGCCCGGCAACCUGCAGACCUUGACAUUUGGCGACGAAUUCAACCAGAGUCUGGAAGGUGUCAGGUUGCCGGCUAACCUGCAGAACUUGACAUUUGGCCGCGAGUUCAACCAGAAUCUGGAAAGUGUCUCGUUGCUUGGCCUGCUGCAAAUGUGCUUUGGCUUCGGUCACAUUUUGCGUCAUCUGGUCGUUCACCAUGAG